GCCGCCGCCGACACCGCCUCCUCUGUUGAGCCCCCCGUCGUCGGCAGCUCGCCGCUCUCGGGAGCUGCCGCCCGCCCCCUGCCCGCGUCUUCUCCUGCUCGCUGCGCAGCAGAAACAUGGCGGCGGGCGGGGAGUGAGCCGCCUGCGCCCUCAGAUUUCUCCAUCCUCCUAAGGAAGAACAAUUUCUUAUUUGGUAUAACUGGUGGUAGUAUGCAAAAACAAGAUCCUUGAAAAGAUGGAGAGAUUGGCAUACAGAAAAACUGACUUGUCACAGGUCCAAGCAAAGUAUUGGUGGAUCCAGGGAUAAAGCCCAAACGUCUAAAUUCUUUGACCAGUUUUUUAGUCCACUGACUAUGCAGCCUAGUGCAAUAGACUGGAAUGACGUUAAAAAACACAAAUAUGGUCCCCGAUCAGAGUGUGCACCCCAGUAUCAAGAAACUACUGACAUCCUGGAGCUAGCAUCUAGUGCUUUUUGCAUGGCCCAAAGGGGCCCUGUGCUGCUCCACUACAGAGGAAACUUCAAGAAAUGCUGGUUUGCUACAGUGUUUUAGCUUGUGAGAGUCUCUGGGACCUUCCCUGCUCCAUCAUGGGGUCACCUCUAGGUCGUUUUACCUGGGACAAAUACCUAAAAGAAACAUGUUCAGUCCCAGCGCCUGUCCAUUGCUUCAAGCAGAACAAAGAAUAUUAUUGGGACACAGAAGAUAAUCUCAUAAUGAUAAAGGAGUCAGACCAUCCUUACAUGGACCAAAGCCUGAUGGAAUUUAAGUCCUAUACACCUCCAACCAAUGAGUUCAAGAUCAGCAUGAAAUUGGAAGCACAAGACCCCAGAAACACCACAUCCACCUGUAUUGCCACAGUAGUUGGACUGACGGGUGCCCGCCUCCGUCUGCGACUUGAUGGCAGUGACAACAAGAAUGACUUCUGGCGGCUGGUUGACUCAGCUGAAAUCCAGCCUGUUGGGAACUGUGAGAAGAAUGGGGGGAUGCUACAGCCCCCUCUGGGAUUUCGGCUGAAUGCCUCCUCCUGGCCUAUGUUCCUUUUGAAGACACUAAACGGAGCAGAGAUGGCUCCCAUCAGGAUUUUCCACAAGGAGCCACCAUCACCUUCCCACAACUUCUUCAAAAUGGGAAUGAAACUAGAAGCAGUGGACAGGAAGAACCCUCAUUUUAUUUGCCCAGCCACUAUUGGGGAGGUUCGGGGCUCAGAGGUGCUUGUCACUUUUGAUGGGUGGCGAGGAGCCUUUGACUACUGGUGCCGCUUCGAUUCCCGGGACAUCUUUCCUGUGGGCUGGUGUUCCUUGACUGGAGACAACCUGCAGCCACCUGGCACCAAAGUUGUGAUUCCAAAGAAUCCCUACCCUGCAUCUGAUGUGAACAUUGAGAAGCCCAGCAUCCACAGCAACACCAAAACUGUCUUGAAGCAUCAACCAGGGCAGAGGGGGCGUAAACCAGGAAAGAAGCGGGGCCGAACACCCAAGACCCUUAUUCCCCAUCCCAUCUCUACCCCAUCAAAGUCAGCUGAAACUUUGAAAUUCCCAAAGAAGAGAGGUCCCAAACCUGGCAGUAAGAGGAAACCUCGGACUUUGCUGAGCCUACCACCCACCUCACCAACAACCAGCACCCCUGAACCGGACACCAGCACUGUUCCCCAAGAUGCUGCCACCAUCCCCAGCUCAGCCAUGCAGGCCCCCACAGUCUGUAUCUACUUGAACAAGAGUGGCAGCACAGGCCCCCACUUGGAUAAAAAGAAGGUCCAGCAGCUCCCUGACCACUUUGGGCCAGCACGUGCCUCUGUGGUGUUGCAGCAAGCAGUCCAGGCUUGCAUCGACUGUGCUUACCACCAGAAAACUGUCUUCAGCUUCCUCAAACAGGGCCAUGGUGGCGAGGUCAUCUCAGCCGUGUUUGACCGGGAACAGCACACUCUCAACCUCCCAGCAGUCAACAGCAUCACCUACGUCCUCCGCUUCCUGGAGAAGCUCUGCCGCAACCUUCAUAGUGACAAUCUGUUUGGCAACCAGCCCUUUACACAGACUCACUUAUCAUUCACUGCCACAGAAUACAGCCACAGCCACGACAGGUACCUACCAGGUGAAACCUUUGUCCUUGGGAAUAGUCUGCCUCGGUCCUUGACACCACACUCAGACUCAAUGGACUCUGCGUUGAAUACCAACAAACUUGUCAGCUCCUCCCCAAAUCUUCGAGUUCCUGCUUACCGGCCUUUGCUUCCCUCCUGUGGCCUUCCACAGAACACUGCUUCAGCUGUGCGCAGGCUGUGCUCCAGAGGAGUGUUAAAAGGAUCAAAUGAAAGAAGGGAUAUGGAAUCAUUUUGGAAACUAAAUCAUUCCCCAGGGUCAGACCGAUACCUGGAAAGCCGAGAUGCCUCUCGACUGAGUGGCCGGGACCCCUCCUUGUGGACAGUUGAGGAUGUGAUGCAGUUUGUCCGGGAAGCCGAUCCUCAGCUUGGACCCCAUGCUGACCUUUUCCGCAAACAUGAGAUCGAUGGCAAGGCCCUGCUUCUGCUGCGCAGUGACAUGAUGAUGAAGUACAUGGGGCUGAAGCUGGGGCCAGCGCUCAAGCUCUCCUUUCACAUUGACCGGCUGAAGCAGGGCAAGUUCUAAACAGAAGACACAACCUAGACACCAGUGGUCUGGCAGACGGGGUGUUCUCCCAGAAAUGAGAGCCACCAGCCUUCUCCUAGGUGCCUCAGUGUGGCUUUGGGCCACCUCACAGCUCCAGGAGGUUGUGUGGAGCCACCACUGCUGCCUCCUCCUACCAUAGUAUGUCCUUCCAUGAAGGACCAAGGAGGGGAGAAUGUGGGCCCAGGGUUGGCACUGCUCUUCCCCUCAGCCCUGAGGGGCUAAGGUCUCCUCUAUUUAUUCCUCAGGCCUGGAUGGCCUCUCACCAGGAGUUUAGACUGAGUACUCUCUAAGUUAAGGAAGUAAAAGAGGCCAACCCUGAGGCCUCAGAAGACCCUCAUACCCAGGGCUUUCACCACUUCCUGUGCUUGGUGUGGUGUCCCAGAGCCCCCCAGCUCCUGUCUUCUCACCAGACCCCCAAAAUCUAAACCCAUGGUGCCAACUCUGCCUUUUAAAAAAUACAUCUUCUCUUACUGCUAAUUUAUUGUUUCUGGCACCUGGGCAAACCUCUGGUUAGUUACUACUCCUCUUGAACCAGACACUUGAGUUUUGGGAGGAGGGAGACCACCCUGCCCUGCUCCCAAAGAAGAUAGAUGCAGCCUCUAUUCAGUGGCACUGCCCUCGGGCACUUUCUUUUUGGAAUGGACAGACCUACAUGCUUUGCAGGGAGGAGAAGUUCUUGUCAUCUUCCCCUCUUCCCCCACUGGGCUUUUUGCAGCCCCAGACCCAUCUGUGGAAUGGGAGCUGUCUUUCAUACUGUCCCCGCCUCUGCUUCUUGCCCUGGUCAGAGGUGCUGCAGAAAAUUGGUCCUAAUGAUUUUAGACUAAGCAAACCCUAAGGUUGGGGAGGGAAUGGUCUCCAGCUGGUGUAGUCCAUAUUCCUCCACUGGCCAUGUGCUUCCUUGUAAGCAAGUCAGCAGCAUAGCUGCUCCUGUUGCCAUCUGGACUUAUUUUAUGUCAAUUUGUUUAUAAAUAAAAACCAAUCCAGA